AUGGAUGUGCCGGCCAAAACUGAGAUAAAUCGAGCCCAAAGCACCAAGAAUACAGUGAAGCUUCAUGAAGUGAGAGGGUCAUCCGUCCUGCCGAUGGCUUCAAUUCAGGACGACGACGAGCGUCUUCUUGCUCGCAUUGGGUAUAAGCAGGAGCUCCGCCGGGAGUUUUCAAAAUGGUCUACCGUGUCCUACGCCAUCAGCAUUUUGGGCGUACUAGGCUCGGUGCCUGCGACAUUGGGUCAGCCUCUGACCGUCGGUGGUCCUGGUACGGCUGUCUGGUGCUGGUUGAUCGGCUCUUGCAUGGCCUUGUUGAUCGGAAGUUCCGUCGCCGAAUUGGUUUCUGCAUAUCCCACGGCUGGUGGCAUGUACUAUGUUACAAAACAUGUAGUUCCUUCCGAUCAUAUGCCGCUUUUUGCAUGGUCACAGGGAUUCUGUAACCUUUUGGGGCAAACUGCCGGAGUCUCUUCAGUCGCCUAUACGAUUGCACAGAUGUUGCUGGCGUGCAUCAGCAUGAACACGGCCUUCUCUGAUGGUCAAUAUGCAUAUUCGCCCACGGCUCUCCAUACGGUGAUGGUGUCAAUUGGCGUUCUUUUGGGGUUGGGAGUUAUCUGCUCCUUGACCACCAAAUCGUUGCAUCGUAUUGUUAUUUGGUUUGCACCUAUCAACAUUGUUGCGACAAUCUGCAUUUGCUUUUUCCUCUUAUAUCUCACACCGGAUAAGCAACCCGCAUCCUGGGUGUUCUUCCACUUCACCGAUGGUUCAGGUUGGGGUUCGAAGGUGUUUUCAUUUUUCCUCGGCUUUCUGGCGGUAGCGUGGACCAUGACAGACUACGAUGGCACCACCCAUAUGUCCGAAGAGACACAUGAUGCGGCGGUGCGGGGUCCUAUUGCCAUCCAGACAGCGGUCAUUGUUUCUGGGGUAUUUGGCUGGCUUUUGACCGUCUGCAUGUGUUUCUGCUUGACAGACUUUGAAGGCAUCAUGAAUUCGCCCACUGGCUUACCAGCGGCCCAAAUUUUCUUCAAUGCCGGGGGUCGGACAGGUGGAACUGCGAUGUGGGCAUGCGCUAUUCUGGUUCAGCUAUUCACUGGCUGCUCGGCUAUGUUAGCUGAUACCCGGAUGGCAUUCGCAUUUGCUCGGGACGAUGCACUUCCAUGCUCUUCAUUUUUGUCCAGAGUCAACAGCUAUACUCACACACCGGUUAACGCAGUCUGGUUUGUGGUCUUUUUCAGCAUCUCACUGAAUUUGAUCGCGAUAGGGUCUACUGAAACAGCCCUGGCAAUUUUCAGCGUCACCGCUCCUUGCCUUGACCUGUCCUAUGCGUCCGUGGUUCUCGCUCAUCAACUUCACAAGAAGAAAGUGAAGUUCAUCGAGGGGCCUUUUACACUUGGACGGUGCGGUAAAGUGGUCAAUUACGUUGCUGUGAUCUGGGUUCUGUUCAUCAGCACAAUCCUACUUUUCCCAUCACAGGUGCCGAUUACGCCCGCGAAUAUGAACUACGCUUCUUGUGUUAUUACCGGACUUGCAGUGAUUGGUGGAAUCUGGUGGAUAGUUAUUGCCAAGAGAAAAUAUACGGGUCCUCAAACCAACGAUACUAUAAACGAAAUUCCCCAAGAGCCUCAAGAGGAUUCUGAACAAGAUAUUGCAAAUCUCCCCGACAGCAGUUUACCUUGA